CAAAAUGUAACCAUUCUUUAGCUAAUGUUUAUGUUCUUGCAGCUUUUAAAAGAUUUCCCAAGGGAUUUGGUAUCUCUGAAGAGGGUUCAAGUGCUAUGCUUUUACAUGGGUCGAUCUGAUCUGUCUUUGGAUCUUGUUCAACAGGUUCUUCCCAAAAAUCAACAAGAAAACUACAUAUAUGGAAUGCUUGCCUUUCCUUUGUUAGAGCUUGGCCGAAUGGCCGAUGCAGAAGAAGCAGCAAAAAAGGGAUUUGAGAUCAACAAGGAAGACAGUUGGGCACAACAUUGUCUCUGCCAUGUCCUUCAGUAUGAAUGUCGUUUCAAGGAAGCAGUGGAGUUCAUGGAAGAAUGUUCAACAUCAUGGAGUUCUUUGUCAUCUUUUAUGUACACGCACAAUUGGUGGCAUGUAGCGCUUUGUUAUUUAGAAGGUCAUUCUUCAAUGAGAAAAGUUCUAGAGGUUUAUGACAACUGUAUCUGGAAGGAGUUGGAAAGAAGUGAUGCAGUGUUGCCCGAGGUGUACUUAAAUGCGAUUGGUUUGUUAUUGCGGGUGUAUGUACGAGGUGAAAUUGACUUCUUCGGAGACCGUCUUAAGAUCUUAGCAGGUUAUCUGACAAAUCAAGCUUUUUGGUAUUUGGAGUGGCACCUUGAUGUGUUGAUACUGUGGGCCUUAGCUUCAACUGGAGCAUUUGAUAAAGGAGAAGAUCUACUCAAGGGCUUGAGAUUCAGAAUUUCUAAGAUGAGCAAGAAGAAGCAGCAAGCAAUGCAGAGUGGAAUGCUGCUUGCAGAAGCUGUAUACGAGUAUGGAAAAGGCAACUACAAAGAGGCAUUGGAAUUGCUUGGCCCAGAUUUUGAAGCCAACAACUUUAAGACAAUUGGCGCAUCUGAUGAACAACUUGAUGUCUUCAACGAAGUUUGGUAUGUUAUGCUGCUGAAUACUGGACAAGCUGUUAAGGCAAUCGAAGUCAUUGGGAAGCGCAUAAAGAUGAGGGAAGGUGCUCCAUUCAUGUGGCGCCUACUGGAGAGAGGUUAUGCCAUGGUAGGGAGGCCGGAAGCUACUACUGUUGGAGAGAAGGCAAAGUAUUUGGAGACUGCUUACUUCAAGUAAAACUGGUACAUAUAUAUAUAUGUAUGAUAGUCCAACCUCUCGCAUUUUUUACCAUUUGUUGAGAGGUUGAACAUUAAUGAUGUAAUAAAAUCUUUCAAUUUUGUAUGUAAAUUUAGUUUACUGUUUGUAGAUACAAAUACUUACACGAUAACACUUGAACAUACUUCUAUCCUCAUUGCUGCAAACAUUGCAAACCCCCCCUCCCUCUCUCUCACUCAGCAUAACCAGGUUGGUAUAGUUGGUUCAACAAGCAAGGAUGCGAGUAUUCUGUGGUUUAA